AUGGCUCCUAAAGCUGUUCAUUUCGGUGCUGGCAAUAUUGGCCGUGGCUUUGUCGCCUGUUUUCUCCACAACUCCGGCUACGAGGUCGUCUUUGCCGACGUCGCCGAUGCCCUGAUUGACUCCAUCAACGCCUCCCCUUCGUACCGCGUCAUCGAGGUCGGCGUCGAGGGCACCACCGAGUCCAAGAUUACAAACUACCGCGCCAUCAACUCCAAGACGCACGAGGCCGACCUCAUCGACGAGAUCAGCACCGCCGACGUCGUCACCUGCUCCGUCGGCCCCCGCGUCCUCAAGUUCAUCGCCCCCGUCAUCGCCAAGGGCAUUGACCGCCGCCCCGCGGACCUCAAGCCCCUCUCCGUCAUUGCCUGCGAGAACGCCAUUGGCGCCACCGACACCCUCGCCGAGUUCAUCAAGAGCCCCGACAACACCCCCGAGCACCGCAUCGAGGACCACCACUCGCGCGCUCGCUACGCCAACUCGGCCAUUGACCGCAUCGUCCCUGCCCAAGACCCCAACGCCGGCCUCGACGUGACGCUGGAAAAGUUUUUCGAGUGGGUUGUUGAGAAGACGCCGUUUGAGGACGUCGGCAUCCCCAACAUUGAGGGCAUCAACUGGGUCGAGAACCUCGCCCCCUUCAUCGAGCGCAAGCUUUUCACCGUCAACACCAGCCACGCCACCGCCGCCUACCACGGCUACAACCGCAGAAAGCGCACCGUCUACGAUGCUCUGCAGGACAAGACCAUCAUGGCCGAGGUCCGUGGUGCCCUCAACGAGACCAAGGGCCUGAUUGUCAGCAAGCACUCCAUCGACGACGAUGCCCAGGCCGCCUACGUCGACAAGAUCAUCAAGCGCAUCGGCAACCCUCAUCUGGAGGACGCCGUCGAGCGUGUCGGCCGCGCCCCUCUCCGCAAGCUCUCCCGCAAGGAGCGCUUCAUCGGCCCCGCCGCCGAGAUUGCUGAGAAUGGCGGCGAGAUCAAGUACCUCCUCGACGCCAUCGAGAUGGCCUUCCGUUUCCAAAAUGUCGAGGACGACGAGGAGUCCAAGGAGCUCGCCACCAUCAUGUCGGACAACACUCCCGAGGAUGUCGUCGCCAAGGUCUGCGGCGUGCAGACAUCGGAGAAAAUUUACCCCCAGCUUGUCCAGGUCGUCAAGCGCGUCCAGGCCGACAGCAGCGAGUGA